UGCCACCACGAGACCAUACGCGGUAUGUCCCACCACCUAGACAAAUGAGCAUGCCAGGAUCCCAUCGACGAAGCCGUUACAGGCAAGGCGGCCCAUCUGACCUAUCAAGUUUAGACUCGGGGAGUGACCGGACGCGACGCGGCCAUCGACGGCACCACCGACAGCGACAAGACCUUAUCUAGCCGUUAGCUGAUCUGUUCAGCCAACGACGCUUAAAACCCGAAGAAAUGGGCACCUUCGACGGGCACAACACGAGUGUACACCUGUACGUGCGUCAGAUCCAGCACCGAGUCCGCCUCUACAGAUACCAGCGGGUACUCGAAGUCCUCCCACUCUGCAUGAAGGGAGACGCCGUAGAUUGGUACAGUUCUUUGUCUGAUGGCCAAAUACACCGCAUGACCACUAGCAUCAAUAAAUGGAUUAUCGCGCUGCGACACUAAUUCCAAAAGGACAAUCUGCUUGCCAAAGACGAAGCUAAUAGAUGUAAACACUCGUUCGAACGAGAAUCACUCAACGUGCGACAAUACAUCACUUACAAGCAGACUAUACUCUACAACGCAGGCAUUGAUAGUUAGAACGAGCUACUCAUGAUUUAAAAAAUCUGGCGCGACCUGGACCCUAUUCUGCAGAACGCGGUCACCAUCAACCCCUACAUAAGUAUGGAAGACUUCGUUAGUCUCUGCUACUAGAAGGAAUAUUCGGCCCGACGCGCUUUUGAGCAACAAAAACAUCAAGCUACUAAGCGCCUCCGUUUCGUUGCCCAGGAGAUGGCACGGCAACGCCAAGACCUAGAACGACCUUUUGGGACCCGUCCAGCGCU